UGUGCAUGGGAGCUGAACCUUUAGGCAAAGCUCUGCGGAAAGUGAGCUUCCUCAUUUCUGCUGUUCAUGUGGAGCUCUGGGUUGUGGACUGCACAGUUCCUGCUGUGCUGCUGAAAUCUGGCUUGGCUUGUUCAUUUAUUUUCCCCCCCCCCCCUUUGCUGCCACUCAGGCUGUUGCCAUGUAUUUUGUUUCUCUUGCAGGUAAAUGGCAGGACAGAAAGUGGUGUGAAGAUUUUGAAAGGGACUGAGAAGUCCAAGACUUUGUUUCUGGGUAAAGAAUGCAGACUAUAAAGUGCGUAGUUGUUGGAGAUGGCGCUGUGGGAAAAACUUGUCUUCUCAUCAGUUAUACCACCAAUGCCUUCCCAGAAGAGUACAUCCCUACUGUGUUUGACAACUACAGUGCCCAAAUGACUGUUGAUGGCCGGACAGUUAGCCUGAAUCUCUGGGAUACUGCAGGUCAGGAAGAAUAUGACCGCCUGCGCACGCUCUCGUAUCCUCAAACCAAUGUAUUUGUUAUCUGUUUCUCCAUUGGUAGCCCCUCUUCCUAUGCAAAUGUGAGGCACAAAUGGCAUCCUGAAGUUUCUCACCACUGUCCAAAUGUUCCCAUUCUUUUAGUGGGCACAAAGAGAGACUUGAGAAAUGACCUGGAAACAGUUAAAAAGUUGAAAGAGCAAAGCUUGGCUCCUACUACCCCGCAGCAGGGGACUUCGCUGGCUAAACAAAUUGGAGCAGUCAAAUACUUGGAGUGCUCAGCGUUGAAUCAAGAGGGUGUUCGGGAGGUGUUUGCUGAAGCUGUGCGUGCAGUUCUGUAUCCUGUGACAAAGAAGAACGCAAGAAAAUGUGUCUUGUUGUAGUUACCUCGGAUGAUGGCUGUUCGAAGUUGAAUAUUGACUGGAAUCUUGGAGGGCUCUUUAAUGAGUUAAAUUGAAGAUUUGCAUCUUGCACUAACAGCUCUAAGCAGAAAUGGUUUAUGCAAUGAAUAUUCUUGCAG